UGCACCUGGAAGCCUGAGGGAACUCCAGCAGUCUGGGCGCAGAAAUCCAGAGUCCUCCAGACACGCAGAGAGGCCAGUGAGGGCACCCCAGAUCUGCCCAGCUCCUCCUCUGCAGACCUAUGGCCAGGCGCGGCUGCUAAACAGGCUGGGCUAGGCUGGUUGUGUGGGCCAGCCCACCUAUCGGGAGCUCAGCAGGUCUCCAAAUGAAGCCUGGAAUGGGGAGGCUAAUGUGGAAGCCUCAAACCCACCUCUCUCCUUCACUGCACCUGGAAGCCUGAGGGAACUCCAGCAGUCUGGGCGCAGAAAUCCAGAGUCCUCCAGACACGCAGAGAGGCCAGUGAGGGCACCCCGGAUCUGCCCAGCUCCUCCUCUGCAGACCUGUGGCCAGGCGCGGCAGCUAAACAGCUGUUUUGAAGUCUUGUAUUGCUUUGAUUGUUUUGUUUCUGGUUGGCUUUAUUCAGCUUUGUUUUCUUUGAUUUUAUUCUCUUUAAAAUAAAAAUUUAAAAAACUUUAAAAAGUUGAAAUUUUAGUUACUACAAUAAUAUUAGCUGUGAGGAACUGCAUUAAGUACAUACUUUGCCAUUAGCCCUACUGCUGUCCACAUUCCGCAUGUAAAUAACACACACACAGACACUCAUAAUCAAUGGCCAAUUAUUAUCACUUCUUUCAAAAUCUGUCACUGGUUAUAUUAUGCCUUAUUUCAGUGGACACACAAAUAGCACUAUCUCCUAUUUUAUAAAAAAUUUAUAAAAAUUGUUAACAAAAAUGAGCCUAACCCAACAAAAGUGGAAGUUCAGCAAAGGAAUGAAGUAGUAUGAAUGAAAUUGGAGAGUGUUUAUGAUGAAAAGGUUAAACACAUCACAGAGAAAGCACAGAUUCAGCUGACUGAAACACAGCGACCACAGCAGUACACCUGUGCAUGAAACGCACUGUCAGAGAUAGCUUAACUGUGGUGAAAGUGCAAAGGAUGCAGUGUGGGGGACCUGAUCCAACCCUAGAGAGGUGACAUUUUGCCCAGGCAUACAAAUGAUAUGCUUAAACUUUAAGUUAUUCGGCAAGAAGUCAGCAAGCACUGUUCAAAUUACUUUAAAUAAUUUUUACAGAGCACUUUAAUUCUUAUUCUUUCUAAUGUCUUAAACUACAGUACACUUAAUAAAAUGAAUUUUACUUUCUUGUGUUCGUCUUUAGGUGAUAUGAAGUAGGGUUUUUUUUUUAACAGUUUGACCAAUGCAUUUUAAAGGCCACAGAACAAUUAUAAUUGCUCCUAUUCAGAUACUGUGAUCACUUUGCAUGAUUUCAGCUUGUAGCCUCAUUUUUAUAGCGCCACAUACUGUGCAAAAUGAGAACUUUGUAUUGUUGCUUUUAUUAGCAAUUAUUUUGUCCAGUAAAUCAAAUGCUGUAAUUUUAUGACUAUUGUUCACUGCUUUUCAAUAUUUGAAUUUUUCUCCUGCUUCUGUCUUUGCAUUCUCUAGGUUAUCUCUGUUCUAGUUGAGCCAUGUCUUGUCUAAGUUAUUCUGCUAGGCUACUGAUAUAUCCUCCAUGAAAGUACAGUAUUUAACCUCUUUAUUUUAGUACUUUUCAGUAUUGUGACCUAUUUCUUCACUCUCCUAAGUCUCCUACUUAAAUUCCAUACUAAGACCUUCUCUUUUAUUCUUCCUCCUAUUAAUAUCCUAUUCUUCCAUACUCCCGUUCAAUCCUGAAAGCCCGUCAGUUCUUUAAUAUAUUGCCUUCCUUUCAGACUGACACCUGCCCUAGGACAUAUGCGUAAAGGAACUUCUUUGAAUUCAUUGCUUACCUCCUUACUUUUCAUCUACAUUUCUGUCAGUCAUAAAAGACUACUAUUCUUAAAUUUAAAUUAUUACAGAAAAUUUCAUGUAAGCAAAAUAUAAAAUGCUAACUGGAAAUUGACCACUUAACACUCACAACGAUUGUGUAUUUUCAUUAUAUAUAUUUUGCAUUUCUUGAGUCAGGUGGGUGUAUAGUUGAAUAUUCAAAAAAAUAAACUUUAUAUUAAAUAGUGAUAAUGGAAAACUUGCUUUUAGUUUUCUGUUCACUUUGGUUUGAUGUAAUUGUUUCCUAGAGUUCUGAGGCUGAAGAUAAAACCCUUACCUACCUGCUGUUUUCUGCACAUGCAUAGAAUGAAGAGCCGGCUGCAGAGAGCUGGAGCAGUUGGCUCUGGACAGUUUGAUUUGGGCAUGUGUCAGGGUCCCAAGGGAAGCUAGCAGCCUGGUCAGUUUCCUCCUCGACUCUGAAAUCAAAGUGAGGUGCUUUAGCAAGGCAUCUGAGUUUGAUGAGCUUGCAAAAGCUUUUUCAAGUUGAAAAUGCUGAAAGAAAAAAGUUUCAAUCUAAAUAAAUAAAUCCCGGCUUCUACUGUUUAGACGCCUAUUACCUUUUGAAUUUCCUGUGUCAUUGUGCAUUUAAUGCUACUUAAAAUAAGAGUUCAUUUUUGCAAAAAAGCAUGAGUGACUAUUUGGCUUGCUUCAGCUCAUGGUUUCUUAAAGAGAUCACAAGGAAAUUCACAGAGGCCCCAAACUUGUGAAGGUACAAGCAUCAAAGUCAGUUAAUUGGAAUUUCUAAAAAAAAAUUUUUUUAAGCCUCCUAACUCCUAAAACAGUUAUCUGCUAUAAACAGAAACUCUGUCCUGCUUGUCCAAGCCCACAUUCCAUCCUGAAUUAUUGAUUUCGUUGGUCAUAAGCUGUCAUCCUGUUAGGAGCAUUUUGCUGUGCAGCCUUACGGAAAAUUUUUCCUUAAGCCGGUUGUGCAUCUCCUGUUUUAAAGUGGAGGCAGAGUGAAGAUUUGAAUGUAGAAUACAGUGACUGCACUCUGACUGGAGUAAUCAAUGCCAGAACAUCCUUACAGCUUUUCUUCUAGAACAAGGGCAAACUCAGCUAAAAAGUUUGUUUAAAUCAUGCUUGGCAUAACAAGAACCUUUCAACUCUCUAUCUCUGACUGGCUAUGAAUACACCUGACUCAUCACCACAGUGCCUUUCAACUCAGUGCCACUCAGCUGAACUUCUCCUUCUGCUUUAGACAGACAGUUAAAAUUCAGGAAGGCCUCUGGGAAGGCUGUAGGCUUUUAUACAUGGCAUCAUUUUAUAGCAAAGGAAUUCCAUAGCUCUUAAAUAUCUCACACAAAAUAAAAUAUGGGCUUUUUCUCUGAAUACUCUCCACCUCUUUGUGGUGUCUCACUGUGUAAUUGAGUUACAUAGUCAUGAGCACUUAUUUCUAAGCAGAGAUUAUGUCACAACAAAGAUUUUAAAGAUAAUAAAAAGAAUGACAACCAAAAGGAGUAUCUAAAACAAAUUUCUUCAUAAUCUUAGUCCAAAGUUUUUUGGGAUUUUAUUUUUUGAGACUUUUCUUUGUAGUCCUGGGGUUGAACCCAAGGCCUCAGGCAUGUGAGGCAGGCGCUGUACCGCUGAGCUAUAUCCCAGCCUCUUAAAAUGCAGAAAAUCAAAUGUCGGUCCCUUUGCUGCCUUCCAGCUUCUCUCUAAUAUUGCACAACAUUAAAGCUCUCCCUUCACUCCUGUUGUCCUCUGCUGUCCCCUGUGCAGAACACUGCUGUUGUUCCCUAUUUUGAUAAUCAGCAAUGAAUCAGCCUAUUUAACAGCUACAUUGAUUUGAUUAGCUCUUUCUCUGAGUUACAACUUUCAUGUUUUUAUAAUUUUAAUUUAUUAGUUUUUCUUACUUGCAUAACUUAACUUUAAUGCCCCCCUUUGCUUUAUAAAGUUCAGUAAUUAAACAUCCACACUAAGGAUCAAGAGUUUAAUUAUUUCAUUGUAGUUUGAGGUAGUUUUCAGUGAAGUAACUUAUUAUAAUGUGUGAUGUUAACUCUCUCAGCGUAGAGUAGGAGGGAUUGUUCCUCAAAAUACUCAGCUGCCAGUGAUUGUCUUGAUUCCUGCCCUUCUGAGGGCUGUGCUUUCACACCAUGCCGUGUGCCUGGUCAGUGCUCACUUCCUAGGACGCCUAUGGAGUAAGGACAACAAGAAAGACCAGUACUAGCCAGUCCACCUUGCCUUUUUCUCUCUGGCCUGGCCAUCAUUCUUAGAGCUGUUCUGUUCAGCUCUACUGAUUUAAUUGCAAAUAAAUGUGUUUUUGUUGUUGUAUAUAUUUUGAGACUAUUACAGAAGUAGAAGUUCUCAUACACCAUGGAACAAAGCCCAGUCUUUCUCCAUGUGGAUCAUGACCAGCUUUGGAAAAGAUGCAUUUGGAGAAGUAAAGUAAUACUUUCCUUUUUAGGCACACAGUAGCUUGCCCACAAGAUGACACCAAAUUAAAGGCAGAUCACCCUCAUGGCCAUGUAUUUUUCAUGAACAUGCCAUCCUAGGAGCACUGUGGUUAGUCCAUGCUGUGGUGCUUUACUGGGUACCUAAGUACAAAGUAAAUUGUAUCUAAAAAUAUCCAUUUGGCAGGUUCUAUAUCCCCUAGCUAGAAGACUAAAAUACGAACCUCCAACUAACUGUUUAAGGCAGCAAAUAUGUGUGAGUGGAAAAGUACGUGAGUUCAGAGGCAGGGACUCUGCUCCAGAGUGCAUAAGGAAGACUUUCCAAAGAAAUGACUAAACCCUGCAAGGACACUUGUUACUAAUUCUGCCACCUCCCUUUCCUGCUUUUUACCGUAAGUGGAUCAUGGCAGUUGCUUUUGCCUUCUGAGAGUACGGGUUAUUUAAGGAGAGCUUAAUAAUCCAAAUGUUCAUACUUCGUACAUUUCUACUUAAAACAACUAUUUCAGGAAAACUUUUUAAUUUCAGAGACCUUCAUAAUAGAAAACACUUCUCUCAGGUUAGUACAGUCAUUCUGUUCACCUUACCAUUGAUGUUGUCCCAUAUUUAGAUCUUAAAUACAUGUGGCCAGGGAUUAUGGAUUUCUUAUCCUUAUUUUCUAAUUCCCUAUGGUAAGACUAGCCUGAUUCUUACACAGUAAUCUACUCACUUACUCAGAGGUCUCUGUAUUUGCCGAAGGUGAUGGAUUAGCCUUCUGAAGUUCCCUGCCCAAGCAGCACUGGUUGUCUUGGGCAUUCCCAUCAGCUUUCUAUCCCUGAUGUCAGUCUCUUUUCCAAGCAUAUAUGCUUCUUAUUUUCUCUAAUUAGUUCAUUUCCAAGGCACAUUAAAUACAUUUAUAAGGAGAUGUCGAGACUUUCUAUGAAAAUAGGGACUUGCUUUGUGACAGCUCAUAUGCAUAAAUCAGGAGAUGCACAUGAAAUCUGACCAGGCACGAAGAAAGCCUUAAUUGAGAGCAGCCAAGAUCAAAUUAAUAUAGUCUUACUUUUUCAUUUAGUCACUGUUUUCAGCUACUGUGUUUUAACUAAUCUGAUAAAGCUUAGCUCAGGUUCAUUUGAACUCAUUAUUUCCAAUUCACUAAAAAUAUUUUUAUUUAACCUGGCUUUAAACAACUAAUGAACCUUUUCUCUGGUGGUCCUUAUGAAGAUAGGGUGUUUUCACUAUGUGACCCUUAAUGUAUAGCAGUGAUGGGGAACCUUUUAGAGCUUUCAGUAAUACAAACAGCUCACUGUAGCACGCAUAUAUUCAGCCCGGCAGGUAUGUCCUUUCUUUUUACUUUUGUCUGUGAUCCACAUUUCAUUCUGUUUAGCAGAUACUGGCUGCUGUGUGAUUUUGAGAAAAACAGUAGGUAGAUAUAUGUGGAAAAAGUAGAUAAUGGCAAAAUUAUUCUUAGGUAGAAUUCUGAAUAUUGCAAACUUUUUUCAUCAACUUGCAGUUGAAAUACAAUUUCUGGAAAAUCAGAAGACUUUUCAUCAUUAAUGGUACAAAGGGUCAUUUAUUUCACCACAAAUAUUUCUUGACUUUUCACUACAUGUCCAAUGUAUAGCACUGGGUCUGCAGAUCUAGCAGUGAACAAGUUGGGUAAGAACCCUGCCUUAGUAAGCACUCUCACAGGGGUUGCAGUGAGGUGCAGAUGACAGAUGGAUCCCAUACACAGCCACUUGGUUUUCAGAUUCUUCUCUCUUUACCUUGUUUCAAGGCCGUAUCUCCAAUCUCGUUACUUGUACUGCUGAAUUUGAUUUAGUCUCAUGUUGCUCUGUCACCUAGGAAGAGGUGUAGAAGGGCCUUUUUCUAAUAUAAGAGAGAACAGUGGUACCUAGUGAAGUCAAGUUUCUCAGUGUUAAACAAAUUAAAGGAGCUUCCUUUCCGAGUUGUGCAGAUAAAGAUUCACUCAUUUAUUCAGAAAACAGUUGUUGAGCACUGUAUCACCCAAGGUUCUAUUAUGUUUCAGACUUUGUAACUCAUGCAUGUCUCCCAUGCUAUUUGGAGAGACAGAGAUAUAAAACUAAUGAUUACUGAUAUUCCCUAGUAGUAAUAUUGUUACUAAAAAUCUUACGUGAUGUACAAGGGGAGCACACAAAAAGCAGUAACAAACUUGUCUGUAUAGAAUGUUUGUAACUAACUCACAUAAGUCGCAACCCAACUGAGUCUUCAAGGUAGAAGUACAUCGUGCUUCAUUUAUUCAGCACACAUUUACUAGCACCUUCUGUGUCCUAUGACCUAUUGUAGGUACUAUAGUCACAGCAGGGGACUAGACAAAGUCCCCACCCUCUUGUAUAGAGAAACACAAUAAACAGACAAAUCUGUGUAAGGUAGAGAUGGGUGUAACAUAGAUAAAGAAAGAGAACAGAGUGUCAAACAGGUACCAUUUAAACAGUGGUCAGGAAUGGCCUCUUUAGUAAGAGAAUAUUUGAGCAAAUCCUGAAUAACAAGAAGAUGUACUAGAUUUUGAAGACAUUUUAAGAGAAAAAUGACAAAUAGCUAGAUUUUUGUUAGGUUUGGUUGGGUUUGGCUAGGUUUCCUUAGGUUCUCGGAAAAUCCUCUCUAGCAGCAGUAUGCAAGAUGAACAUAAAGGAGAAGCACAGAAAGCCAACUAUAAGGUUAUUGUGGUAAUUUAGAUAAGAAAUUAUGUGGGUUAUACUGGAUCAGCCAGAUGAGAUGCUAGCUAGAGUGGAGAUGGUAGAGUUGAGACGGUUUAGGAGAACCAGUAUACAUAUAAGACUUGAUGCCUCGUGGAUUAUGGAAGAGUUCAGAAACUGAACUCCAGUACCUGAGUUGAAGUUUGGGUAGCUGAGUGGACGGACAUACCAUUGACCUGCUCAGAUGUUGCUAGGGAGUAGGCAGGUUUAUAGACACAGGAAAUGAAUUGGAUUUGAGGCAGUAAAAAUCAGAAGGCCCGUCAUGGCUGGGACAAAUUUGGCAGUUACUAGCAUUUCACAGAAAUUUUAAGAGGAAAAGGAGCAAAAAGAGUAACCAGCAUGGUUGGAUACUGGAAGGCAGUUUAGUAAGAUGAAGAUUUUUAAGAUUUGACUGUCAGAAGGUCAUUAGUGACUUUCAGAAGAUUGAUUUCAGUAGAUAGGGGUGUAGACAGUGCUGGCUUAAAGAGUGAAGGGGUAAGAUGUUGAGAUUGUCCAGCCAAAGUCAUUGUCCUCCUCUUUCUUAGGAGCUUUAAACCUUAUGUCACAUUUCUUCUUUCCUCUCCCUUCUUAGCUUUCUCCACCUAAGGUCUCAGAUUCAAUUUCUGAGCUAGGAGGAUGACUGGGAUUUACAAAUUAAGAUCCUUGGGGCUCUCAUGAGACAAGGAGUCCAUGGAUAUAGGAGCCUAAUUGUGGUGAGCUGAUUGCAGGGAGCAUCCUCAACUGUGGUCUCUGUUCCACAGGGAAACUGGAUCAGAAAGCUAAAGUGAGAGGAGAAACAAAGCACUUACAGGGCUGGUGGAGGAAACAUGGAAUUAGUUAAGAAGGCACCCAGUGAGGGAGUAGAAUGUGACAGGUGUGGGGGCAGGGUGGAAUCUGAGGCAGUAAACCGGUGUUAACUAGACAGUCAGGCACAGGUGUGUGGGUUUCUAAGCAUGCAGGAACUGAGGGUGUGCAAAGGAGGGACUGAGGCAGUGCUUGAGCAGAGUAAUGAAUGGAAGGGAAUCCAGCAGUACCUGACUGUGGAUGUUUCAUGUAUUUGUGAGGCCCACUGGGUAGUUCACAGCAUGUGGGAGGAAUCUUAUUACACCUCUGAGUUUCUGAACAACUGAUAAAUACCAGGAGUUCGUGUAGAGAUAGGAUGGAGGGAGUGACAAAGGGACCCCAGCUAAAGCUUUGCACCUUGGUGGGAGCUGGGAGCAAAAGUCAGAGUCAGGGGUCCCUGCCCUUAACCCCGAGGAGCCAGUGAGUGGAUGUUUUAAAAUUUCCUGCCUCCCCCGCAGCCUCAGUUUCUCCUGCUAGCAACGUCAUCUCCGCCCACUGCAGGGCGGGGCUCGAGGACGAGGGUGGUUGUUCCAAAGCCUCGAGAGCCAUCGGUUCCUACCAGACUCUUACUGGGGGUUGGUGCCCUACCCCAUGGCUGGACACAGGGCCCCAGAUUUAUGCCUUCCAGACAGUGGAAGGGGUGGGCCCCCUGGGACAAUGCCCCUGUGGGUUGACUUUCCCAGCUGUGUGAACGUCCAGGUGGCCCCUGGCAGACUGAUGGUCUGGCAAGGGGUCGGGCCAACCAUCUGCCGAGGCCCUGAGAUGUGGGGUGUCCCCUUGGGCCCCGCACCUUGCGAAUUCCCAGGAGGGCUGCCCCCCUGUAGAGCUGGCGAGGCAGGACCCUGGUUCCCCAGCCCCUCCGAGCCUGCUGGCCUCAAACCCUGCAUUGCCCUGCUGAGCACCCCGAAGUUGGCGCUGCCCGAGGACAUCUCAGCCUUAGAGAAGGAGAUGGAGCAGCUGGCCAAGGAGCUGCGGCAGAAGAGGCUGACCCUGGGCUACUCGCAGGCGGAUGUGGGCGUCGCCGUAGGCGCUAUGUUUGGGGAGAUGCUCAGCCAGACGACCAUCUGCCGCUUUGAGUCCCAGCAGCUCAGCCUUGCCAAAAUGUGGAAGGUGGGGCCGCUGCUGAAGAUGUGGCUGGCGGAGAUGAAUGCCAAGAACCACCGAGGCCUAUGGAAAAUGGAGAUGAUUCUGCAGCAGGGCCGGAAGCGAAGACAGGCCCACAGGGAGAGAAGACUCCGGAAUGACCUGGAGAGACUCUUCCUGCAGUGCCCGAACCCCACCCCCCAGCAGAUAAGCUGCAUCGCUGGGCACCUCCGCCUCAGGAAGGAGCUGGUGCAGAUGUGGUUCUGUCUUCGCAGCCAGACCUGCAGCCCACUGACCCACUAUGCCUCCCGACAGGAGAAUACAGGAGCAGCUGGGCCCCUGGCUCCAGGGCCACCUGGGGGCUUUCCCCUGGCACCUGGGCUGCAUAUCGAUUUCCUCCACUAUGGGGGGUCCUACCUUACCCCCCUGUACCCCUCUGCGCCCUUGCCUGGAGGGGAAGUCUUUCUGUCUGCCCCAGCUUCCUCCCUGGGCCUGCCGAGGCUUUCCACCUGAGGGGAGGGGGAAGAAGAAAGAAGGCCGGGGCCAGGAAUUUACGCAUACACAGUUUGGGAUCUGGGUGGGAAUUGUUUAAGAAAUUUGGGAGGGAAGUUUAUUGAUGCUUUGUGUUUUUCCCUUUAUUUAAAAAAUGGCUUUAGGUUUUAAGAUAUAUUACAAUAUACAAGUGUUUUCAAUAGUCUCUUUCUGUCUUUAUUAUGAACUGAAGAUUGCGUCUGCUGUUUCAUGUGGUGUUCGGGAAACAUCGUGUUUAAUUUUUUUUUCACAUAAACACAAUAUUGGGUGAAAAACUCAAGUCACCAACUACUGUAUAAUACCACUUAUUGUUAUUAUUAUUAUUAAUUAUUAUUAUAGCAGAACCCUAGCCAAUGCAAACACAAAACCAGGCAUAAUCGUUGCCCCUGGGGAGAGGCUUGAGAACCCAAUAGGAAAGGAGUGUCCAGAGCCCUCGCAGAGGCAGCCAGCUGUCUCCAGCUCUCUAAUUCCUGUGCUUGCCGUGGGCUCACCUCGGCCCUCCACCUUAUGCAGUGCGGCGGGGUUUUCUCCUGCCACUGUGUUGCUCUGUUCUCAACCCCUCUGUUGCUGAGCUAGGCAAAGUGGAGAGCUGUAGCUUCGGCCUGGUUCCAGCACACGUCCGUUUUUAGUUCCAUCUAGACUGUGCCUUGGGAAUCGUUCACACUUUGUUUGUGCACAGAUAGGUUUUUGAAUGGAUGUUUGUGAUUGUUUAUCUAACAUUCAUGAUGGUUGUGCCAUUGUCCAUUUUAAAUCACUUUUCCAACCUCUUAGAAACUGGUCUUCCUCGGUUUCCAUUUUGGUCAGUUUCGAUUAUCAUACAUUAGGGCUGGGGACAUAGCUCAGUAGUAGAGCGUCUCCUUAGCAUGCCCAAGACUCCAGAUUAAAUCUCCAACACCAGAUUAAAUCUCCAACACCAACAGGGGACGGGGAGUACUCUUUUUUUUUUUUUUUCAGACCCCACAUACCUGCAUGUCCUGUUUAUAGAUAUUUCCAAAAGAGAAGCUUUUCUACUUUUAUUCUAUUUGCUGAUGCUUUUGUUCUCUAAUUGAUUUUGUUUCAUUUUUAUUAAUAGUUUCCCUAUGCUCUUCUGGUUACUUUUAUUUCUUUUUUCCUAAUGGCAUUUAGAUUGUACUUACUUUGCUUGUGAUUUGUUUUUGUUUCCUGGUGGCUGCUUGGAAAACUGCUGUGUGGAGCUGAGAGUGGGAGACAGGGCGACCUACAUCCUGAUCUGACCUCAGGUCCCUGGCUAAGUUCACCUCACACAAGAUCAGGCUUCACUGAUGCCUCCAUUUAGUGUUCUCUUCCUGUGACUAUAGAGAAGCUAAUCUUUUACCUGUAUUUUGGUGUGUGUAGUAUAUAGCUUAAAAUUUCCUGUCAGGCAUUUUAUGUAUAAAUUCCUUUUGGUGACUCAGUGACAUUCACAGCAUGGAACCAUCAUCACUCUCCAUCCCCAACAUUUGGAUACUUUCCCCAAACUUCAACCCUGUACUUCCUAUGCAAUAACUAUUUCCCCAUUCCUAGCCCCUGGUAACAUUGAAUCUACUUUAUUUCUCUGCAAGUUUGUUUAUUCUAGACAUUUCAUAUUAGUGGGAUCACAUAAUAUUUAGCCUUUUGUAUCUGGUUUAUUUUACUCAGCACCUUUUCCAAGUUUAUCUGUGUUGUGCCACACAUGUUUCCUCUUUAUAACUGAACAAUAUUCCAUUAACAGAGACACCACUGAUGCUGCUCCUGAUGCUUGCCCUCUAGUAGUUACUAGAGGCUGAUGUCAGCAGCAGGCCAGUCUUCAGAUUUGUUGGAUUCCUCCCACCUCCAUUUAAAAACUGAAGACUGUAAAACUUUGCCAUCAUUUUCAAAAUGUGUUUUUAUUAAAAGUUUCCAUUACCUUGUGUUUCUUUUAGACAGGGCAGAUACUCCUAGCCUGAAGAUGCCGAGCGCCAUCAGAAUAUAAGUGGAGUAGUGUGCUUAUGUGUGUAUGUGCAUUUCCUUUCAAGAUGGUUGAUAGCCUUCAUCAGGUUUUCAAAGUGGAUCAUGACACUUUGGACAGAGUUUUAGUCCUUGAGAAUCACCUUCCCUUUGUCUGACUUACUUUCAGUAGUUUUCUCUUGACCUAUCCAAUGGGCAGUUUCUGUUUGUUUGAAAAUCUGUAUUUUCUGGAUAUCUAGCUCAGUGUAGUAUUAAGCCUUGAAUGAUUUUUGAUGUGUUUCAAGUUUGGACCAAAUAUUACAUAAUUAACUUUAUUGUUUUUAUAUUUUCAUCAUUCUGAGGACCUUAAUUAAAUUACUAUUAAUAUCAAUUUCUCCUUUUCCUACUUUUGUCUAAGAAUAUAUGAAGGAUUGAUAGCUUUCCUUAUUCCAAACCAUUAUUUUUUCUUGAAUUAGCAUCCGCUUUCUAUAAUUUCAUAUUUUGAAAUACAUAGUCUGUACAUUCUUAUUAUACUAGAACCAUUCAAUGGAAUUUCCUUUUCAGAAGAGCCAUUUUUGUUUUUACCUCUCUUCUAGAAAUAGUCUUGCUUACUCAAUAGUAUUGGUUUUCUUGGCAAAAAGUAUUCAUGAUGAAUUCAUCUUAGAGUAGAUAGUGGUAUUAUCCAUGUAAAACAGUGCUUUAAAGUGAAAACUACAGUGCUACUGCAAUAAAAUCCCAGUGAAAUAUAGGGUUAGUAGUUUAGACAAAGUGAUUCUAGACUAACAGAAUAAAAUUUAAGAACACAAGUGAGAUUUAAAGAUAGAACCAUGUGACCUUGUCCUACUUAAACAGCAUGGUACUGAUGAUGAGAAAAAUAGCAGAAACAAGUAUUUGAGAACUUCAUUCAUUGGAAUGAGAUCUGGUGCAGCCCACAACAAAGGCAAUUCUGAAAUUCAUAUGAAAAGAGCUUAAAGUAUGCAGUCCCUUUGGGCCAUUGUUUCAAAUUUUAAGAAUUUUUUUAAGAAAAUAACUAUGUGUGAGACUUUAGCAAUAAAAAUCGUUACAGCAUUUUAAAAAAUGAAGCAAGAAAUUAAAAACAACAUAUAUGUUCAGUAAAAGGUUAAGUAAAUUAAAUAGAACUCCAUGUACAGUUAAAACUGUGGUGUAGGUCCACAGUUAUUGACAGCCAGAGUUACAGAGUAGAUCAUUGAAUGAGGCAAAACAUCUUAAUAAGCUGUACCAUUUUGAUACAUGUUUUAAAGACAUAUGCUACAUGGCAGAAAAACAUAUAUGUAUAUGUUUUAUAACUAUACAUGGUGGUACUGUUUUAGAAUUCUUUCUAUAUUGCGUAGUUAUUUAAUAACCCAAGAAAUAUUUUGUCAAAAAUCAUCUUCAUCAUGUCUCUAAAAUACUAAUUCUUCAUUUCAAAGCAGUAUUUAAAAAGCUAAACAUAAUCACAUUAUUUUUAGUCACAUUUGUAGUUUCCAUAAAAGAAUGACAAUUGUCUAAAAGGACACGUACUGGGUGAGAAAGAUAAUGGUAAAAUUAGCAUUUGGGUUUUUUUUUAAGGAUCAGAUGCCCAUUAAUGUGAAAGAGCUGUAAUAUAGUUCAGUAAGUGAAGACACCUGCCAUAUGUCUCUUUUCCUGCACAACAUGUAGUAUAGUAUGUGGGCUGUGCACAAUUGUAAUUUACAAUUGCAAUUAGGGUAUUUAUAUACCUCUGUGUAGUUAACCAAUAUUCAGAAUAUAGUAUAAACCCAUAUCAUUCUUGUGUUUCUGUUUAUUUUCCAAUUUAAAAAAGCACUUAAAAAUAGCAAAAUCCUGACAUUAACACAGCAGAAUCUUCCUUGCUUGUCAUUUUUAAGAAAAGCAAAUGAAUGCAAAUAAAAUACAUGGAUUUUAGAGUUUGAAACAGGGUCAGUUCCUGUGAAGGAUGAGCUGUCAUGUAGUAGUGACUCCUCCCUAAUUCCUUAAGAUGUAAACAUUAUCACAGCUGCACCUUUAGGAGAGCCACAACAGGAAGCUUUUGGAGGAAUCACAUGGUCUGUCAUCAUAGCUCAGUUGGGAAGCCACUUUGCCACCUUUCUUUUACCUGCUAUAAAUUCUGCCAAUAGCAGACUUGGCUACUUUGCUCUUGAACUUGGACUUCUUAUGUUUUCUUUCUUUAGCUUCCAACAGAAUGACAAAACUCAAACUAGUUUCAUUUAUUUCUAUCGACGCUUCUACUGCCUGCCUGCCAAAGACUUUUGAUUUAAAAGGGAAAAUUGAGGCCUUCUUGACAAAUUACAUUUCAAAUUCAUUAUUCCUUUAUAAAACUAUGCAGUCUACAACCAGUUCUCUUUUCUAUUGCUGACUGACUGGUAUAGAACCUCUUCCAGGACUCGGUUAAGUGGCCAGGGCAGUGUGUAACAUGCAUUAAGUUGACUUAUUUUAAAACAAAUGAUAAUGUUCCAGGGACACUUCUUAAACUUUGAAUGCUAUUAAUUUUAAUAUAAACUUUUUGAUAGCUAUUACUGUAUUCUUUUGUUGUUGUUGUUUUGUUUUGUUUUGGUACCAGGGACUGAACUCAUGGCCUCACGCUUGCCAGGCAGGUGCUUAUGCCAUUGAGCUAAAUCCCCAGCUCCUACUGUAUUCAUUUUCUAGGACUGCCACACAAAGUCCUGGAGAUUUAUUUGUUUGAACAACCAAAAUGUAUUUUCACACAGCCCUAGAGGCCAGAAAUCUGAGACUACAGUGUGGGCAGCUGGCUUCCUCUGCAAGCGACAAGAGAAGGGUCUGUGCCAUCUUACCUGUAAGCACAGUCUCAGCCUUAGAUCCUCACAUCGCCUCCAUCCUGAAUGCGUCAUGUCCACAUUGCUUCUUUUUAUAAGGACAUCAGUCAUACUGACUGACAGCCCACCUUAAUGAUCUCAUUUUAACCCCUAUCUCCAAAGUCAGUUUUACUGUGAGGCAUUGAAGUUGAAGACUUUUGUAUAUGAAUAUUUGUGUGUAAUUUACUUAGCCCAUAACAUAAGUCUAAUUAAAAUCUAAACUAACUUCAAAUAUUUAUUAAUGUAAUCAUUGAACAAAUAACUCAGCACUCUCUGUCAGGUAUACCUUAGGUGCUAAGAUGCAGCAGAAACCAAAAACAGCUUAGAGUCUGGUGAGGCAUCCAGAUCUUAAAUGAACAGAUAAUUGUGACUUAUAACAAGUAUACAAUGGUAGGGACAGUGUAAGGCAUUGGGCAGUUUUCUUCAGAUUUAUGUGUAUAACCCUCCAAGUGUAGUAUGUAAGUAUUCCUUCUGAUAAUAUCAACUGGUACCUAGUAGUAUAAACGAGGGAACCUGCAGAAAAAGGAUGAGGCACAGUUUGGGAGAGAGACAUUUAUUUGUAAGUUAAAAUCCCACCUGAAUAACUUACUGUCUGUUAUUUUGGAUGAAUUACUUCUUUCAGCCUUGGCUUCUCAUCUGUACAAUAUAUUUAAGAAACCAGUGAAUGAGAGUUGAUAGAAGGAUAACAUUAGAUAACAUAGAAAGAAAUUCCUUGGGCUUCUCUUUUACAUAGAAAGUACUCCAUUUUUCCUUACCUUGACUAUGCUUUAUUUGUGUCUCCAUGAGCAAAAAUAAAACCAUUCCCCACAGGUGGAAUGUAUAGACUAAGAGGACACACAGCGCAUGUAGGGUACGGUCACCCAGCCUCUCCUACUGCAGUUCCACGAAAGCUUUCCUUUCUUGUUGCCUGCUUGUCAACUGACUCUCCCAGUGUAGACCCAACAUCAUUUCCUCAUUGCAUAUUGCUACAGGUUGACUAAAAUGUCCCCCAAAGGUCCUGACUGGCACUGCUGGCAGGUGUGGGAGUCUUUAGUAGGUGGGUCACGGAGGCCUUCAGGUCCUCGGGUAUGAACUCCUGAAAGGACAGUGGGACCUGCAUCACUUCCUCGUCUCCUUUUCACAUCCUGGCAAUGAGAUGAGCUGUGCUUCCUACCAUGAUUUUCUGCUUCCCUGUAGGCCCCAAAGCAAUGGGCCAACGUCAUGGAUAGAAAUGUCUAAACCUGUGACCCAAAAGAAACCCUUUCUCUUAGUAAGUCUUGGUUUUAGUUAUGGUAACCGAAAGCUGAAGAGAACAUGUAUCUCAUAAUCUAGCUUUUCUAUAGCUUACCAUAUCCAUUUGCCACAAAUUAGGUAGCAGAAGUCUAUGAAUGGCAUUUAAUACUGGGCAUCCAAGGCCAAGUAUGGGCAGGGAUGGUUCCUUAUGAGGUCAGGGAAGGAAGGAUCUGUUCCAGCCCUCUCUCUGGCUUGUAGAUGGCCAUCUUCUCUAGCCCUCUCUACAUCGUCUUUCUUCCAUACAUGCCUGUGUCCCUAUUUCUCCUCUUUUGUAAGCCUGUUAGUCAUGUUGGUAUUUCUAAUGACUGUCCAAAGUUAAUGACUUCCUUCAAACUCGAUUCCCUCGGUAAAGUUUGUACAAAUAAGGUCACAUUCCAAGAUGUUGGAGCAUGGGACUUUCAACAUAAAUUUUGAGGGGACACAAUUCAACUUAUAUCACUACCAUUUCUGAUAUAGAGAACAUACAAGGGUAUGCUGAGGGAUAGGUGUAAAAAGUCAAGGAGACUUUUCCUUACAAAGGAGUUCAAUAAGAGGCAGUAGUAAAAAGAAAAGAGCAUUGGGCAUAUAGGCCAAAUAGUCCUUGAUCUAUGUCCUGUCUCUGUCAGAAGUUCAGGUUUAUCAUCUCAGGAAAAUUUUAGAAAUGUAAGAUUUCUUUUCUCAUAAACAAUAACAUUGUAGCUACUUAUUUCUAUCUAUUUUUGGAGCAGGAUAUUUGAACUCAUUGGUGAGAUUCAGGAGCAUUCUUUUAGGAAAAAAAUUUUGGGCAUCUUGAUAUGGAUAUGACUCUUAGUUUGCAAAAAAAGGUUUGUUGUGUGAACCUGUUGAGAAAGCCCAGUGAUUUUCUAAGUAUUACCAGCCACUAAUUUCAUCAAACUAAUGUAACAGGACAGACAGUUGUAUCACCUUUAAUUUGUUGUGAUUGUUUUGUAUUUACAAAAAGCAGAGCUAAAACAGCAAAGAGCAAAUGUUCAGACAAUGAUUGUUUUCAUAAACAAUUUUAAAAAUAUUGCAAAAUCCAAAUAGACAACAAGUAAGUUUUAAAAUAUAACAUUAAAUCAUUCCUUGUAUAAUAAUCAGCCAGUAAACACAUGCAGCUGUUGUAAAUGAUCACGUUUCAAACUUCUUUAUGGCACCAGUCUGCUGAGCAAAUAUACAUUAUCUUUGAGAUUUAAACUAAAGAGUAGAGGUAGGAAAAAACUUUCUAUACAAGAAUUUAUUGUAUUGUUCCUUACUCUCCUGAAAAGGUAGUCGUAGUAACACCAUAAGUAUAAAGGAAUAUUUCAUUGCUUUGAUGUCACAUCGUUAAAGUAGUUAAUCUAUAUCCAUAAAU